GCGUGUGGUCAAUUCGACUCCGAUACGCAGGCGCGUUUCUCAUUGGUCAGCGUCAGCCAAUAGAAAUCGAAAAGAGUUGGGACGGUGGUAGUAGUGGGGGGAGCGACUCCCGCCGGAGCGUCAGUCGUCGUUUGGUCUUCAAAGGGUGAGUAUGGAAGAAGAAGCCUGGUCUGUAGAGGGACCAGUUGAAAUUAUUAACCUCGCCAUGUUGCUAUUUCAAUUUUUUACUCAAUUACUCUCUUUUCUUUUACAGGUUGUUACCAAUAGCUGACCCUCUUUCCUCUAAUUUAAUCCCAUUUUCGCGAUUAAACGGAAGGGGAAACUUAAUCCAAUCAAGCUCUACUAUUGUUUGGACGUUCCUAAGAAAUCUGAAUUCAUGACUGUUAUACUGCCAUAAAUGGGAAUACGGCGCAUGCGCGCUGCUUCAAUUUUGCUCAGUUAGCAACACGUAAGGUGGAACGUUCCGCGCUAGCCAAUAGAAACCGAAAAGACUGGACGAUGUUAGUAGUGGGGAGAGCUACUCCCGCCGGAGCGUCAGUCGUCGUUUGGUCUUCGAAGUGUACAGCUCUCCUGUCAGUUUUUUAUAAAAGUAAAAGAAGUGUACAGCAGCUAUUUAGACCUGUCAAUUGCUGUUAUUUGGACAUUCUAGGACAUUUUGAAUUUGUAACUGGCAGCUCUCUAAGUUCUCAGCAGAAAGAAAAGGAGGAAAAGCAGAAGUCUAUGGAAGCUUUUCAGACCAGGUUUAAUGCUGUCAUUGUUUCGAUAUGGGAAUUUGCGAUCGAUUCUAUUAUUGAUGGUUUAUCACGUCCUUCAAAGAUAAGGGCGAGAGUAAAAAAGGGUUAUCUUGAAAGACACGGAAUUCUCCACUGGAGUUGCAGACUUUUUAGAACUCGGUCUAUUUUUACGGUUAUUUUUCACAUUUUUUGAAUGGAAAUUUAACUUGAAAGUAGGGAUCUCCGAGGGCUAUUUAGUUUUGAGACUCUCCUUGAAGCUGAAAAUUUGUUAUUAAGGCAGCUCUCGAAGUUCUCAGCAGAAAUAGAAGGAGAAGCUUUUCAGACCUGGUUUAAUGCUGUCAUUGUUUGGAUAUGGGAAUUCGCGAUUGAUUUUCCAUGUGAUUGAGAAAUGUCCAUUUGAUUGAAUUCUCGUACGGCUGAUUCUGUGGCUAAUGGUCCAAUCUGAUGUUUCAGAAAAUAGUUAUUAUUAGUGUUUUUCCUUAUAAAGAUUUUCUUUUG